AUGGUUGGACGCCGGGCCAGUUUCCCGGAAUAUGUGGAUUGGUUAGCAGAAUUCCGAAAGAAGGGUGCUUUUCAGUUCGUGUCUCAAAAACGAACCUUCCCUCUGUCCACUGCCUUAACCAAACAUCCAAAAGCAAGGUCGUACGAAGAAAUAAAGAAAAGUGUGCUGAAUUCGGUCAGAGUUAAGGAAGCUAUAGCGGAUGAAGUGGCUCGAAGUGGUGAUUCAGCUGCCAAAGUGCAAGGUGACGCGGAAGCCAUCUUGAAGAUGAUGGCUCACAAUUGGGGGCUCAAAAGCACCCGGACCUUUGGUUUCGCCGUCUCAAAGGUGUUAGAGCGAAUAUUCGACUCCGUUUACGUGAACGCCAGUCAGCUGGAGCAAAUUCGAGAACUGUGCAAAACCGCAUCGGUGGUGUUCAUGCCGUCACAUAGAACUUACCUCGACUUCCUUCUCCUUUCACUGUUUUGCUUCGAAUAUGAGGUUCCCCUGCCAGCGAUUGCUGCCGGUAUGGACUUCACGAAUUCCUGGUUUAUGAGCGAAGUCCUGCGAAGGUGUGGGGCGUUCUACAUUCGGAGGUCAAUUGGUCAGGACCACUUAUACUGGGCCAUUCUUUCUGAGUAUGUGCAAACACAUGUUAUUCAUGGCGACCGACCCGUAGAAUUUUUUGUCGAAGGAACAAGAAGCCGUGUAGGCAAAAGUCUCCAUCCCAAAUACGGUCUCCUUCAGAUGGUUCUUGAGCCGUAUCUCAGAGGAAAAGUAUACGAUAUACUUGUAAUUCCGGUGACGACUAAUUAUGAUAAGUUAUUGGAAGAAAUGCUGUACGCUUACGAAUUACUGGGAUUUCCGAAGCCAAAAGAGAGUACAUCAGGACUUCUCAAAGCUCGUGAUUUUUUGAAUAAGCGAUUUGGUAGAUGCUUCAUGACAUUUGGCGAACCGAUAUCUGUUCGUAACUACUUCGGAACGUCACUUCAUCGAUCUCAGUUCAUAUGUCAGCGCCUGGCCGUCGGCCCUGUUGACGUGUUUAAUUACCAACAAAUCCUCUCCGAUGUGUUGGAUCUACUACGAUUAGUGGAAAGCCUUGGUGUUACCGUACAUAUCGAUCAAAGCGUUGACGAGGAUCUGAGGUACUACAUGGAACUGCACGCAAGCAUGUUCCUCUGUAAGGAUAGAGCUCUAGAAGACUUUCACAUGAAGUUGGUCGAAUUUCCAGUUCUGGAACCUGGAAACGUAGAACGUGCCAUCAUGGAGUUGUCAAUUGGCCGCUUGCUUCUCGCCACAUACUCUAAUACGGUAAAGCCUAAUCCGUUGGAUAUGUGCAAUUUCUUCAAGCUCUCCAAUCUCAAUGUUAGAAGCCUGUGGAGCGAGAACGGCUAA